GCGGCCCACAGAAGAUCCCGACAACGAUUGAAACACAGGCGAAAUUUUUUCAUACAGUUGAGCCCAUACAAGAUAGAGUUCGGUCACGUGUGCGAGGACCCUAACACCUGGGAGCAGCGCUAUGAGAAGAAGGACUUUAAGAAUCACAGGGACAUGGGAAAAGUACGAUGGGGUGACAAGAAAGGUGGAUACGGGGAGCACUAUUGGGAUUUGAAUCAUGCAGGUCACGCUGGAAACCAAGAAGAAGAUGAAUAUUAUGAUGAUGAUUAUAAUGAAGAGCUACAAGAUUAUCCAGAUACCGAAGAAAAGGCUGACAAUGAACGUGAAGAAUAUUAUCCAGAUGCAUCUGAAUAUGAGAGAAGUGCGAGACCUAAGAGAGAAAACUCUAAAACUGAAGUGCUAUUACAAAGAGGUGAAAGGAACUAUGAAGAAAAACAAUGGCCUAAACUAAAAAGAGCAAAUACUGAAUCAACUCAAACUGAAAGACAUGAUAUAGAUAACUUAUGA